AUGGCUGAGGAACGAGUGUAUUCAGACUCUAGCAACCUUGCUUUUGGUAUAAAUCCCACUGCUAGAGGUGAAGGGGAGGCUUCUCCACUUGACCCACUAACAGUAUUAACUCUCCUGGAAAAAGUGGCCGGGAUUGUUGACAGUGUUAAUGAAACUCAGCGGAAAAUGGAGCAACAGCAACUGGAAAUAGAAAACACUGUUAAAGAGAUACAAAUCGAUGUCGCAAAGCUUAAUAAGGCUCACCUGACCACAGAUACGACAGUCUCAAAGUUACUGGUGAAAACCCAGAAGAUCAAUGCUAAUGUUAAAGAUGUGAGACAACGACUGGAUAAAACAAAUGCUCAGGUCAAAAAAGUUGAAGGAAACCACCGUGAGCUGCUCAAAAGGAAUAAAUUCCGAGUGGUCAUAUUCCAGGAAGAAAAUCAAAUGCCCUCCUCAGUUGUCUAUAAAAACCUGCCUCACGAAGGGAAUGCGGCAGCUGCAGAAGAAGAACACACUGCAACUGCUGCUACGCCACCACCAGACCUCUCCUCCGAUGAAGAAUUUGUUUAUAAUGAAGAAACUGCAAGUGCACGCCUCAGAAAAUCAGGCAUGAAGGGGGUGGAUAGUAUAAAGAAGGCUUUUUCAAAAGAAAACAUGCAGAAAACCAAACAAAACUUUGGGAAGCAGAUGAAUCGGCUCAGUAACACAAUAGUCCCUCCAGACCGGAGAGAGAAGAUAAGGAUUUCAGGAGAGAGAAUCAAAAAGUCCAUCGUUGAUUCAAAACCAUUUCAUAUGAAUAUAAAAAAGAAAAAUGAAAGAAGUGGGGCAGAAGGACAAGAAGUAGCUGUCAAAGGUGUAGGAGAAAGUUCCAAGGGUGAGGUCACAGGUACAGAAGCAGCAAAGGAAGUGGACAUACCAGGAGCUGUUGAAGUAGGUGAAGAUAAUCUCCCAGCAACGGUUACAAAUAUUGCGAAUACAGAAACGGUUGUAGUAACCAUGGAAAGAAAAAGUGAUGAGGCAGUUCCUUCAGUGGCAGAAGUGAAGCAGAGUCCUGAGUUCAGCUAAAGAAAGACUUAAAGCUGCGUUACUUAAUAGCCACAGAAAGAGCUAGUGUCAAAAUUAUGAUGUUAAUACAUCUACAAAAUGUUCCUGUAUAUCAAAUCAGACUUGUUCAAUGAUUCAGAUUCUUUUUUUUUUAAUUUGGCCAUAUUUUUGAUGAAGCAUCACAUUUGUGUACAAAGUGCCAGUCCUUUCACAACACCCUGCUAGCAGGCUGAACUGGACCUCAGACGACCGUGGAUCAGUCCUCUGCACUUCUUGUGUCCCUGAUAUUUGUAGAAGUGGUUCCAGAUGAAUUGUGAAGGUUGGCAGGAGGUUUAUUAUCAAAAAAAAAACUAAAAUGUGGGAAGGUUUUUGUUUUUAAGAAUAGACCUUUGAAGAAGGACAGCAUUUUUCAAUUUUGUAUUUGAAUC